UUAAAGACAAGAUGCCUGGUAAAUGUAGAAAGUUCGCCAUUGGAAGCGCUCUCCAUUUUUACACUCACUUCUUGCUUUAGACUCGCUAACUACUUCUAUUCACACAUUCUUACGAUCAUCUAGGAAUUAUGAUUACAUUUCUAAAUCUCUGUCAUUUUCUUACAAUCUCCCCUUUUUCCCUUCUCCUUCUCCUCCAUAAUCUCUUCUUACAUUCCCCUUUUCCCCAAUUUCUCUUCAUGUUUUGAUUCUUCUCUUCCGAUCACCAGCCAUGGCAACCAUGAAAUUAGGCGUAAAACCCGAGGCAUUUCAUCGUGAAGGCCAAACUUGGCUUUGCUCAAGUGGGUUACCUAGCGAUGUGGCAAUUGAAGUUGGAGAUAUGUCUUUUCAUCUCCAUAAGUUUCCUUUGCUUUCUAAAAGUGGGUUUCUAGAGAAGCUUAUAGAACAGCUUCCUACUGAGGAUGAAUCUGGCUGUGUGCUGAAACUUCAUGAUAUUCCUGGUGGUGCUAAAGCAUUUGAACUUGUUGCUAAAUUUUGCUAUGAUGUUAAAAUAGAGCUCAAUUCUUUGAAUAUAGUUAGCCUUAGAUGUGCAGCUGAAUACCUACAAAUGACUGAAGAGUAUGGAGAAGGGAAUUUGAUUUCUCAAACAGAGGUUUUCCUUAAUGAGGUCUUUGGUCAUUGGACAGAUACAAUUAAAGCUCUUGAAACUUGUGAAGAAGUAGGAUCAUAUGCAGAAGAAGUUCACAUUGUGUCAAGGUGUAUUGAUUCAUUGGCUAUCAAAGCUUGUGCAGACCCACAGCUGUUCAAUUGGCCAAUGAAGGGGCAGGAGAAUGCCCAAAGCCCCAAUGGGACUGUACUAUGGAAUGGGAUUUCUUCAGCCACGAAGCCGCAACCAACAGGCGAUGACUGGUGGUACGAGGACGUCUCAUUUCUUAGAUUUCCCCUAUACAAGCUUUUGAUUUUGUCUGUUGAAGCUAAAGGAUUGAAGUCUGAGAAUAUAGCUGCAUCAUUAAUACAUUAUGCUAAGAAGAAUAUCCCUUUGAUCAACAAUCAAUCAAGUUUCAAUGAUGUGAAUCAUGUUGGGUCAGGAAUCACAGCUUCUACAAAUUCUGAGGCAGAUCAAAGGGUCCUGCUUGAGGAGCUUGUGGGCUUACUACCAAGUGUAAAGGGUGUCACCACAACCAACUUUCUGCUUAGGCUUCUUAGAACUGCUAUGAUUUUGCAUGCUAGUCCAUCAUGUAGGGAAAUUUUGGAGAAAAAAGUAGGAAGUCAAUUGGAUCAAGCUUUGCUUGUUGAUCUACUCAUACCAAACAUGGGAUAUACAGUGGAAACUCUUUAUGACAUAGAUUGCAUUCAGAGAAUUCUGGAUCAUUUCAUGUCUAUAUACCAGGCUCCAACUGCAUCUUCUCCUUGCAUAGUUGAAGAAGGACAGAUGGUCAGUGGAACGGAUACACUCACCCCGAUGAUGAUGGUGGCCAAUCUAGUGGAUGGAUAUCUUGCAGAAGUAGCUCCAGAUGUGAACCUGAAGUUGCCAAAAUUUCAGUCCCUUGCUGCUGUGAUCCCUGAUUAUGCCAGGUCAUUGGAUGAUAGAAUUUAUCAUGCCAUUGAUGUAUACCUAAAAGCCCAUCCUUGGCUUUCAGAUUCAGAAAGGGAGCAACUAUGUAGAUUGAUGAAUUGCCAAAAGCUGUCUUUAGAAGCCAGCACGCACGCGGCGCAGAAUGAGAGGCUACCUCUUCGAGUAAUCGUCCAAGUUCUUUUCUUCGAGCAGCUUCGACUUCGCACAUCAAUCUCUGGUUGGUUUUUUGUUUCUGAGAGUCUCGAGAACUCACAACAUCCGAAUGGAAACCUUGGACUUCCAAAGAAUGAUUGUUCUAAGCCAAUGGAGACUGCUGCACAAGAGGGAGAAGGGGGUAGAAAGGAUGUAAAAGAGAGAGUUUCAGAGCUUGAAAGGGAGUGUUUAGGAAUGAAAAUGGAGCUUGAGAAGCUGGUUAAGACAAAGAAAAGUUGGAGUCUUCUUCCAAAAAAACUUGGUUUUAGAAGAAAAUCACAGCCUUGCAUCCCGAAGCCAGAUGAUAUACUGGAACAGACACCCUCUGUCAGUGCUCCACAAAAUAAUGAAAAUGGAGAUUUGGGUCAGUGAGUAGUUGAGUAGUUUGUUCAUAGAUGGAUCAAAUUAAUCACUCUCUAGUGUAGAAUACUCUUAAAAGCAACUACCGAUUUUUUUAAUUUAUUUUUAUUUUUUUCACAGAUUUUAAAAGAUUGUAAGAGUGUUUCGAGGGAAACAAAUACAGAAUUCAAAAGUUCUGUUUGAUAA